AUGCUAUCAGCCACGACGAGUAUCCCACUUUUUCACGGAGUUGUCUUCUUAGGUGUUGCUAUAACGCUAUGGACUAUUUAUACUGUCGUCUACAGACUUUACUUUCACCCAUUGGCCAAGUUCCCAGGGCCAAGACUCGCAGCAUGCAGUGAAUUCUGGUUCAUACGCGCCAUGACUAGCGGUCACCAUUCAUUCGACAUGAGCAAACUCCAUCGCAAAUAUGGCGACGUCGUUCGAGUUGCCACCAAUGAUCUUAGCUUUGCAUCCCCAGCCGCGUACAGAGAUAUAUACAACCACGCCUCCAAAGACAGGGUUUUGUUUCCUAAAGACGAAAUAUUUUACACUAAAGAUUCCUCGGUGACGCGCCCUAACAUCGUCUUUGCUAUCGAUGCCCAAGAUCACCGGUCGCAGCGUAGAUCACUUUCGCAUGCAUUUAGUGCGAAAGCCCUGAGGGAUAACGAGGAAACGGUCCAGGCCCACGUGAAAGUGCUCAUAGAACAGCUUGGACACAAGGCGGGACCAGGGACCGAUGGAGCCAAUAUGUCUGAGGUCUUCAACUGGCUAACCUUCGACGUCAUUGGCGAUUUGGCGUUCGGCGAAUCCUUUGAUGCACUCAAUCAAUGGAAGCCAAAUAUAUGGGUCUCACUCAUCUUGAGCUUUCUCCGUCAAAUCACAUUUCUCUCCGUUUUCAACAGACUUUCCAUUCCCAAAUCCCUCUUCCUUCCUCUCGUCCCGAAAAGUCUCAAAGAAGGCAUAGAAACCCAUAACAGACUCACCGCAGAGAAGGUCCAGAGGCGUAUUGACAUGGGCAACUCCCGAGACCGCGAAGAUUUCUUUGCUCACAUCCUUCGAAAGGAAGAAGGCAGUCUUGAUGUCGUUCACCUGCGCGAACAGGCCAAGAUUCUGAUCCUAGCCGGAUCUGAGACUACUGCAAAUCUGUUAGCGAGCGUCAUGUUCUAUCUUCUCAAAUGCCCCGACAAAAUGGCAAAGCCUCAAGAUGAGAUACGAUCUGCCUUCUCGUCCAUGGAUGAGAUCACUGCCGACUCGGUAAGCAAUCUGGAGUAUUUAGAGGCGGUUAUCGAGGAAGGUCUACGAAUAUUCCCACCAGCUCCCUUUGGUCCUCCUCGUGUCAGCACUGGAGCCACCGUCGACGGAGUCUACGUCCCCAAAGGCACUGUAGUAUCAGUCGAUACCUGGACUACAUCUCAUGAUGACCGCAAUUUUGCUCAUCCGUAUGAGUUUAUUCCAGAGCGAUGGAUUGGGGAGGGACUGGGUGAUCGGAAAGAUGCUAGCCGUGCCUUCUCCCUUGGACCUCGAGGUUGUCUUGGGAUUAACCUUGCCUACAUGGAGUCGAAAAUUACCCUUGCCUCACUGGUGUUUGCAUAUGAUUGGGAGCUGUUGAACACGGAGCUAGAUUGGUUGUCGGAGGUGAGGAUCUUCAUGAUCUGGGAAAAGCCGGACCUGAUGGUUCGCUUUCAUCCGCGAAGCAAUACUCACAAGGAUUGA